GUUUAAUUCCCUACUGAUCAUGCCCAUAACCCACGUCGUACAUCCUACGAUAAGGCCCUACUAUUCGGCUAGGUUCAAUGUCAGGCCUUGAGAUUGUCGGCGCGGUCCUAGGUGCUUUUCCGAUAGCCAUCGAGGCCCUCAAGGCGGUUCAGGAAGUUACCAGGUGCCUUCGCAUCUUCCAUGAGAUCAGGCCCGAGUACACCAAGUGCAAACAUAAGCUCAAAUUCUACCAAGCAUCAUUUAAGAGCCAUCUUAGGCAACUCUUGCGCCCCUUGGUUGAAAAAGAUGAUGUUAUGAAUGAUUUGCUAUCGAAUCCUGGAGGCAGUGGUUGGCAAGAAAAAGAGACUACGGAUCUCUUACAACAGAGAUUGGGCGAAGAGAUGCAACAACUUCUCAUAGACUGUAUUGAAGGGAUCAAUGAUGUCUUGGGGAAGCUUAAUCGCGAGUUAAUCCCGAAUUCUACUUUGGAGGAAUAUCUCGGAAAGCGGAAAUCAUGGACCUUCGAGUCUCGUUUGAAGGAUAGUAUUCAACCCCAACUAUACAGAAUCAGGUUCAGCAUCGGUGAAACCACUCGAAAUCGGCUUUUCGAGGAGCUCGAACGUUACGAUUCUCAGUUUACACGGCUGCUGAGUAUGAUUGACGAUGAGACUCAAAACAUACAAACCAGGAUGCCGACAAUUAGUCAACCUCCCGGUAGUGCAGUUUUAUGUAACAUAUGGGCACAUGCUAAUACCUUAUUCAAAGCGCUUUCCACUGCAUGGACCUGCUGUUGUCAUGAUCGGCACCUAGCGGAGUUAUUGCUGCAGCAUAGAACUACUGAUAAAAAUGAGUUCAACAUGCUGUUCGCCAAACAAUCGCCUUCAAGUUGGCAUAUACAGAAGGCUUUGAUAACAGCGGGUGUUGAACCUCAUUCUCAAGAGUCAUCAAUGAGCAGUUCAGUAAACAUAAAGGCUACCGUUCAUCAACCGUAUCAUCGAACUAGCAUCCCGAUAAGAUCAGCACUUAAAAGGGGGGACACCAUCAGUGUACCGCCAAUGCCAACGCAUAAGAAACCCGUGACAGCGUGCGCAUCCAUUUCAGCCGCCUCGCAGGCUAAUAUAGGGCUUCCUAUCUCUAGUCUCUGCAGGUCGUUGAAUUCAGAUGUUGAUGGAUGCUACGGAUAUCUUACCGAAGAAGACAAUAGAUAUUACGUGUGCAGAAUAUCACGCCAGGAAACUGAAAAGUUCGAUAGCGUUACCAUCGACCAUAUACUUCGAGGAGAGGUAUUACCUAGCCGUCGACAACGAUACGCUCUCUCGCUUACUCUAGCGUCAUCAUUCCUCCAGCUUCUUGAUACUCCCUGGCUUCCUGCCUCAUGGAGAAAAUCCGACAUCGUCUUCAUCAACGAUGAGAAAAGCCCCAGCAUGUUUCUCCUAGACCAACCAUAUUUAAAGCGCGAGUUCACAAUUUCGUCUAGAUCGAAAAGUAGCCAGCAACAGCAACCCUUGAUGAUUGGUGACAUCCCCAUCAACGGUGACAAUAUAAGGAGAUAUGAAUCUUUUGAGUUAAUUGGCAUCGUCUUAUUGGAGUUAUGCUUUGGUCAGCUGCUCGAAGAGCACCCCGUUCGCAAGCAGUGGCCUGCUGGAGAUAACGAGCUAGAAAAGUACAAAUUUGACGUCGUCGCAGCCAGACAAUGGGCCAAUGAAGUUAACGAAGAGGCGGGAACUGACUUUGAUGAAGCUAUCAGAUGGUGUUUCGAGGGGUGCCGUAACAUACCGCCGGAGAAUUGGCGACAAGAAAUGUUUCAACACGUCGUCCACCCCCUCGAUAACUGCCGUAUGUAUCUUUCCAGAUAGUAGUAGUUGUUGUUGUUAUCUUUACCGUCUGAGCGAACGGGCGUGAGUCUUUCUAAGUAGAACUAUUGGACGUAGAUAGCUCUGAUAUACAUGAUUCUGAUGA